UUGUCCGGCCGUAAGAUUCCCGACUUUGGCGACUGUAAUGACGUGACGGACAUAAUGGCCGACAAUAACAACGCGUUCACCGAAUCGGAGGGCGAGGGCGACGAAGUGGACGCCAUUCGGCACAUAACGCUGUCGCAGAAGCAUAGCUCGCGAGGCAAUAUGGUUAACGAGAAGAGUGCCAUCAGACUGACAGAAUUGGGUCCACGACUGACACUAGAGUUGAUGAAAAUAGAGGACGGAAUUAUGGCCGGAGAAGUGCUCUUCCAUUCGCUCAUUAAGAAGACCAAAGCCGAGGCACUGGAGCUGAAGACCAAACGCCAACAGAAGGCGCACUUGAAGUUAUCACGAAAACGACAGCAAGAGUUAAAUGUUAAGCGAAAAAUGGAGGCGAAGAACAAGUCC